AUGAAGGUGCUUUACACGAUUUUGGCGUUGGCUGCGCUUUGCAUGAUGGUUUUGGCCAAGACGCAGAGGGUUGGAGACGAAUGCAACUGGUCCAAGAACUGUCAGCAGUAUGCGGAUGGAGUAGGACCCGCUUGGGCCGGUGGCCGUAUCACCUGUGCUGUCCCUCAAGACCAUAGCCCCGAUUCUUGCGGUUCCGGUAACGAUAACAGAAACAACUUCUACGGGCUGUCGGAACUUUGCCUGCUACCGAAUACGGCUGCGAAUGCGGCGUCCACAAAGGUGACUGCCCCCAAACUCCCCCCUUCAACCGCAUCUUCUGGCCCCAGAACUGGAUGGCCGACGCCUGGGCAAAGGUCGGCCACUAACCGCCCUCGCACCCUCGUCAACUCUUUCCGCACACCCUCGCUCCUCGCACCAUCGACACCCUCUUCAUAUCGCCGUCCGUAA